AUGGCAGCCUUCGAUAAGCAAGAGACAACCUACAAGCCUGUCUUUGAGGCGUUCGAGCAGCAACCAUGGAGUCAAUUCUCGCGAUCUCGCAACUUUGCCGCUGCAGGCCGACCGGCACCGGCCAAAGGAAGGCCCGUCACCAUGUCGGUUGUGUUGAAGGAUCAAUUGACGAUCAGUAGCUGGCUGCUGCUGGGAGCAAGUGCCCAGUGCGGGCUGAUCGGCUUGUUCGGAGCGAGGCUCUGGACGCUAGGCCUGCCGGUGCUGGUGUUGGGCUCACGCCUGAUCAAGACCGUCUUACAAACGACCGGUGUGAUUCGCAACCCUUUCCUGGACGGCAUCAUCCGCGGACGUACGACGUGCCAUUUCCCUGAUGCAGAUGGGGAGUACAAGGGGCCCGCAUCGAACAAGUCGAUGGCGGUGCUGCUGAUCUCUGUCCGUAGCAACCAUCCGAUGGGCAUCGCGGCGCCAGGUAUGAAGGAGCUCGGCGAGACUUUCAACGCAUGCGUCAAGUGGCUCGAAGAGGACUCGCACGAACGAGGCUUCCUGGGAAUGACGUCGUGGAUCAACUGCUCGGACCGCACGGCCAACAACGAGCUGCUCAACAUUGGCUACUUCCGAAGCGUCGAAGACAUCCAUGCUCUGGCGCACGAGGCGAUCCACAGAGCCGGUUGGAAGUGGUGGAACGAGUCGAAAGCCAACCUGGACCAUCUCACACUGACGCACGAGAUCUUUGCCGUCGACGAGGGUAGCUGGGAAAACGUGUUUGUCAACUCGGCACCGACGCAUCUGGGCACCACCGUGGUCAAGGGCGAUGACGGUAAAUGGAGAUCUCCACUGAUCUACACGUCGCCCGCUCAUCGAUCCUCGGCGAAUCGGAUGCGCCGCACGCAGACUGAGGCGCAGAAGAAGCGUCAAGACGAGAGCGAUGCCUUGACUGGCGAGGCCUACUGA